AUGGCAGGAUGGCGCGCGUCACGGACAACGGAGCUGUCCGGGGCAUUCACACUGACCAACGGAGUGAAACAGGGCUGCGUCCUCGCGCCCACUCUCUUCAAUCUUAUGUUCUUUGCCAUGCUGAUGGACACCUACCGUGACGAACGCCCCGGGAUCCACAUCGCCUACAGGACGGACGGCCACAUCCUCAACCACAGGCGGAUGCACUUCCAGCCACGUGUACCUACAACCACCGUCCACAAACUUCUCUUCACCGACGACUGCGCCCUCAACACCACCUCGGAAGGGGGCAUGCAAAGGAGCAUGGAUACCUUCUCCGCCUCCUGUGAUAACUUCGGCCUGAACAUCAACACAAAGAAGCAAGGUCGUCAUGCAUCAACCGCCACCCCACAUAGCCCACAAUGCGCCGUAAAUCAGCGUGAAUGGAACCCAACUGCAAGUGGUGGGCAACUUCACGUAUCUAGGCAGCACCACGAUCGACGACGAAGUUGCCCACUGUAAUUCUAAAGUCAGCCAAGCCUUCGGCCGUCAUCUAAACACAGUCUGGAAUCGUCACACUUUCCAGCUCAGCACAAAAUUGAAGAUGUACAAGGCAGUCAUCCUGCCGACGCUGCUGAGUGGAGCGGAGACCUGGACGGUUUAUAAGAAGCGAGCGCGGAAACUCAAGCCCUUCCACCUCAGCUGUCUUCGACGGAUACUCAAGAUGAGGCAGCAGAACCGAAUCCCCGACACGGAUGUAUUGGAGCGCACGGGAAUUCUCAGCAUCUACGUCAUGAUGAGACAACUGCAACUGUGUUGGAGCGGCCAUCUCGUGCGGAUGGAUGAGGAGCGGCUACCAAACGACUCUUCUAUGGCGAUGUCGACACGGGUUCCCACCGCAAACGAGGCAAAAUUAGUCGAUCCAAGGACAUUCUGAAAGCCUCCCUAAAGCGUCUGCAGAUUAACCCGGCCAACUGGGAAGACCUCGCUCGAGACCGACCGACCUGAUGGAGGACAGUGAAGACAGGCGGAACGAUCUACGAGGUAAACGGCAUCUUCGCCGCGAAAUCUAAACGAGAAGCACACAAAUCGCAACUGCGUCCACCUAGCAACGUCAGGGCCCAACCACCCCCAACGUGUCCACGGUGUCGGCGGACAUUCCGGGCGCCAACUGCACUUGUCGGUCACCUUCAGACCAACUGCAGCGCUUGGACUGCACCAACCGUCGUCUCUCUAUCCACCCCUCCCUCGAUUUCUACGCCGUCAACUAACUCUGACCGUCCUCCCGAACCACCGUUUUCAUCCUCCUCCUCUUGCUUCCUCACUACCUCAAGGUCUGCUGCUGUGGCGUCUGCCACACACAUCAACGUGACAAACAAUCCUGACAUAUCAACAAACACCGACACCACAAGUGUCGACACAAGUAGUGAGGGCCUGGUCUAUACCCGUCCUCAUUGCGACCGCACCUUCACCUCGCACAUCGGCCUGGUCGGUCCAUUGCAGAUUGGCGAGCCAGUGCCUGGAGCAUCAACCUACAGCCGCCGCAUUCGCCUCCACUGUCUACACUACACUCGCACAUUCAUGCACCACAUGAGCCUAUUCGGUCACAUGUGUAUUCACGAGGGCGGAAUUGACCGCAGACCUGGCACAUCCAGCACACCCACCAUGGCUAGUCCUGCCCGCACUCCGCAGACCGGCGCGCCCACCGCCACCAGUUCCAUCACACUCAGUACAUCUUGCAAACUCACUAUGCUCAGCCCAACCCACACUACAUUGCCCAGCGCGCCCACCACCAUCACCACCACCGAAGCUUGUACUGACACCGCCGACUUCGGUCGAGCGCGCAUUCGAUCCACGUGA